AUGCCCAAAACUUCAAAUUGGUCUCCAGCUGAAGAUAAUUAUAUUAAAAGCGAAUUAUUAAAAAAACCUUCUUUGGUUGCCGACGAUAUUCUCAAUAAUUUAAAUAUUAAUUUCCAACAAAAAAGAACCAAAACUGCGUUAACCCAAAGGAUAAAGAAAAUUUCAUCAGAUUUAAAAAGUCACACAAUCACCGUUCAAGUCCCUUCUGCAUCUACUGCACAGACAAUACCAACAAUAACACCACCACAACCACAAUUACCAAACCCAAAUGACAAUGAGGAAGAAUAUUCAGAUCCAUCAGAAUCGGAGUCAGAUGAAGAUUCAAAAUCCAACUCUAGCCUCAAAAGAAAGUCACCACUAAAGAAACAAAAACUACAUGAUUUGAGUAAAGCUUACCAAGAACCAACUGAACAUCUUCAUACUCCAUUGGAAUUCUUCGGCACUCAGAGAUUAAAAUUAAAUGAUCCCAUCAUUUUACCAUUAGAAGAUGGAUCCAAAAAAAAUAAAAAUAAAAAUAAUAAUUUAAAUAAUAAUACUAUUAAUAUAUAUAAAAUUAAUAAAUUUUAUUUUUAUAGAAAUGAAAUAUUAAAUUAUAUAUUAGUUUCAAAAAAGUGGUAUAAUUUUAUAUCAUUAACAAUAUCAAAUAAUAUUAUUGAUAAUAAAUUAUUUGAACAUUGGUUAAAAAUUAAUUAUAAUAAUAAAAAUAAAUCAUUUAUUGAAAAUUAUAAUAAUCAAAAUCAAUAUGAUAAAAAUAAUUUAAUUUUUAAAGAUGAAGAUUAUAAUUAUCAACAAAAUAAAAUUAGUUUUAAUAAAGAGUUUUCAAUUAUAAAAAUCAAAGAAUCAAUAAUCAAUGAUUAUUUUAAAAUCAAUUUAUUUUUAUAUAAGAUUACAAUUGAUGAUUUUAAAGAAAUUAAAAAUAAAUUUGAAAAUAAUCAAUUACUUUAUAAUAGAAUUGUAGUUAAUGUUGAUGCUGAUUAUGAUAGUAAUAAUAAUAAAACAACUUUAUUUAGAAUACAUGAAUAUGUAUCAAAUGAAAAUUCAGAAGUCAUAUCAAAAUUAUUUAAAAUAUUAGAAUUAAAUAUUGAUUUUUGUUUGGAUAAUGGUUAUAGCCCAAACUCUGAAGAGGAGGAAGGUGAUCAUGAUACUGAUAAAGGUGGUAAGAAAUGUACUGAAUUAUAUUUAAAUAAUUUAUCAAUUGCAGGUUUUGAUGGAGAAGUAGGUAAUGAUGAAGAAACAGUAAAGAUAUUCAAAAUUUUCAAAGGUAGAAAUAUAUUUUAUGAUGGAUCUGAUACUUGUAGUGAUAUGCCUACACAUGUCAAUUAUUCAGCAUUAUUUGAUCCAGAUAAUUCAGGUCAACAAGUUGAAUCAAUUAAAGUACAAAUUGAACCUGAUAAUGAUGAAUUUGUUGAACCUCUCCAUUUAGCCAAAGUUAAUCAAUUUGAAAAUUUACAUUCAAUUACAAUACCAAUUAGCUCUUUUCAAAUAUUAUCAAACUUAUCUGAGGAUAUGGGAUUUAUUAGAUUUUAUAAUAGUAAAUCAGAAUCGGGUAACUCUGAAAAUAUUAAUACAGAAUUAAAUCAAAUGAUCAAUUCAUUUAUUACAAGUAAAUCUUUAAAGAAUUUAAAUAUCUCAUCAGUAAGUUCAAAAUAUUCUCCAAUUGAUUAUGAAGGUUUAUAUUAUCGUGAUUGUAAGGGAGCUGAUCAUGAAAUUUUUGCUAAUAAAAUAAACGAAACUAUAGAAUCAUUUUCAAAUUCAUUUAAACCAUUAUUUUCAGAAUUAAAUACAUCAAUUGAAAGAAUUGAAUUUGAUUGUUGUGGUUUAUUAAAUAUCAAUACAUUUUCAAAUUUAUUAAAUAAUAAAUCAAUUAAAUAUUUAUAUUUAUAUGGUAGUGAUUUCAUUGUUUACUCUUCAAAACCAAGUUAUAGCGGUAAUGAAUUACAUCAAGAACCUAUUUCAAUUAAUCAAUAUUUAUUUGAUAAUAUAUUUUCAUCACCAUUAACAUCAAUUAGACAUUAUAAAAUUAAAUUGAAUGAAUUAAAUCAAUUAAAAUUCAUAUUUAAUUUAAUAUUAAAUAAUAUUUUUAAAUUACAAUUAUAUUCAUUAAUAUUUGAAUUCAAUAAAAACGAAUUAGUUUGUGAUUUUGUUAAAGAAUUUAAAAAUUUAAUAAAUAAUAUUUCAAUACAACAACAACAACAACAACAACAACAACAACAACAACAACAACAACAACAACAACAACAACAACAACAACAACAAAAAUCAAAUAACAUUACUUUAAAAGAAAUUAAAAUUGAAACUAAUGAUAAUGAAUAUAUUCAAGAAAUAAAUAAUAUUAAUAUUCCAUAUUUCACAACAGUAAUAAAGAAAUAG